AUGAAAGAUCGCCGCCAAACCGUCUUGCGCUCUCGAUACGGCUUCCGUCAGCUAUUUCGGUGCCUGCUUGCAUCUGGCCUUGCGACGGCAACGCGCAUCCCGCUUGACCGGCGGCCCGCGGCCCGCGGAAUUCGGAGCUUCGCCAUACACAUCAGAGCCUAUGCUGUCGCUGCCGCCUCGUCGGUCGAGUCUUGCUUUCGCACGCAAGUCCGGACGUAUUCGAUGGAGCUUCCAUCGCAAACGGAGCGCCACCAGCGCCUCGCACGCGAUACCGACGCCAUCGCAGAGCAGCAUUGGACCACCACCUGUUUCGUCGCUUCGGGACGCAUCACUCUCGUACAUAUCGGUUCAAACGACGCAUCGCCAAAGUCGAAGGGCAAUGAGCCGCUCGACCUGGCUGCUGACGAGCUCGAAGACAGCGUGGCCAUGAAGCAUCCUCUCUGGAGCGAAGGCUGGAUUGCAAGCUUGCAGCGAGACUGGUGGGCGUAUGAGCACAGCAUGCGAUGGAUUGGCCAAAGAAACUACUACCAAGCGCGCAAGGACAAACACAGCAAACAAUACAAGAAGGACGAUAGUGCGCGCGACAUUCCUGCCCUUGACGUCUCGUCCUGGCCCGGUCGCUGGGCUGUGUUGCGCAUCGUGGAGCGUUGA